AUGGCAGACGACGGCAGCUUCAGGAACAGGGGACCUGGGGAGGCUUCCACCAGUAGGGAAGAAGAGGACGAUGAUCUGGCUCUGGAGCAGGAUCCCUCGGGGCGUUUUUCGCGGUAUGCACAGAAAGUGGGCUCAGGGCGCUUCAAGACAGUCUACAAGGGCUUUGAUGAGAAGCAUGGCAUAGACGUGGCCUGGAGCAAGAUUGACUCCAACGUCAAUAACAUGGAGCUGGAUGAGGAGACGAUGGAGAAGAUCGUGGCAGAGAUGAGCAAGGGCCUGCAGCUGGAGCACCCAAACAUCAUAAAGUGCUUCAGGUGCUGGCACGACCUUGAGCACCACUGCAUCAAUCUCAUCACGGAGUACUUUACGUCGGGCAACCUCAGGGACUACCGGUGGCGGCAUAAACACCUGGAAAUAAAGGCAGUGCGAAAGUGGGCCCGCCAGAUCCUGAGUGGCUUGGACUACCUGCACCUGAAACAGCCGCCUGUCAUCCACGGGGAUUUGCGCUGCGAUAAGAUCUACAUCAACGGACACAGCGGGGAGAUCAAAAUCGGGGAUCUGGGCCUGGCAACGCUGCUGCCCAAGCGUUUCUCUCCUGGUGAGCCUCAUCACUUGCAACAUGAUAACCUGGACAACCAGUACACGCGCAGCAUCGACAUCUUUGCAUUCGGGCUGUGCGUGCUGGAGCUGACCACCAAGCAGCGCCUGGACCGCGACAACGCCCACUCCUGGCCCGGCCUCCUCGAGAACGUGCAGGACCUUGAAGCGCGCGGCUUCAUCCACAGGUGCCUGGACCCGGCCGGCGCCCGUCCAACGGCGAUGGAGCUGCUGGAGGACCCCUUCUUU